AUGACCUCAACCAACGACACAAUUUCGCCGUCACCUUCCGAAAAUAGACCAACGCAAGAUGAAGCGUCAGAGUCGCCUGAAUCAGAGGAAAGGAAGUGGUGGAGUGUAUGGGGAAGAUGGAGAGAUGGCGACCAAAGUGAUUGGUGGUUUGCCAGUACGGGGAUUCCACUUCUAGCCGCUACCCUUGGACCUUUAGCCAACGUAACCUCCAUUGCCGCCUUAGUUACAAGUUGGCGACAGACCAAUUACGUAGACGGGCAGUGGCUAUCCGAUUUGGAAGGCGUUCCUUACGCUGACCCUAGGUGCUACUGGAUCAACGUCGUCUCUCUCAUCUGUGGCUUUCUUGGCAACGUCUUCCUGCUCCUAAACUUCACUCAGCGCGUGCGCUAUAUCAUCGCACUUCCAGCUACCAUCAUUCUCUGGUAUCUCUCCUCCGGUUUUCUCAUUGCAAUUACAGUAUGUAUGAAUACUUAUACGCCUCCUGAUAGACCCAUCGAGAGUUAUACGCAAGGCUUCUGGUACGCCAUUGCAGCAGCAGUGUUUUACACCAUUUGCUCCAUGAUUCUUAUGAUCAAUAUGUCGGGACACUUUCUGGGACAUUACGGGGAAGAGUUCAAGCUGAGUGACAGUCAGCGGACGCUGAUUCUUCAAACAAUGGCAUUCUUCAUCUGGUUGGCAGGAGGGGCAGCGGUGUUUGCAAAGUUGGAAAGUGACCAAGGGGAGAUUUGGGGCUUCAGCGAUGCGUUGUACUUCUGCGAUGUAACCAUCCUGACCGUUGGCUUCGGCGACCUCGUUCCCACCUCCGAUGUCAGCCGCGGCAUUGUCUUCCCUUAUUCUGUUUUUGGCAUCAUAAUGCUCGCUCUCAUUGUCUCCUCGCUCUAUAAAGCCGUACAUGAACUGGGCGAAGAAAAGGUGGUCCAGAAACACGUUGAUCGUCUCCGCUCCCGCGUUGUCCAACGAACAGUCAUCAACUCUUUCGACCUCCGACACCACGAACUUGAAGCUCAUAAUUUGGUCCGGAAGCGAUCAAGAGUGCCUUUGAGCAUCAGCGCACCCAUGAAACUUCGACAAUAUCGACCCACGUUAGAUGAGCAAGGAGAAAGGACUCAAGAAGAAAACGCACCAACCUUUUCUCACGUUACAACCGCCCUAAGGCGAAACAAAACCCCCAAAAUCAUCCUCCUCAAAGCUGAAAAGGACCGAUUCGAAGCCAUGCGCCGCAUUCAAGCCUCAUCGUCCCAAUACAAGCGCUGGAUCGCGCUUUUCUGGUCCGUAAGUACUUUUAGUAUCCUAUGGUGUAUCGGUGCUGUCAUCUUCUGGCAAACUGAGAAACAUACAUUGGGCUUGACCUACUUUCGGGCUCUAUAUUUUUGUUACAUCAGUCUAUUGACCAUAGGCUAUGGCGACCUUGCGCCAAAGAGUAACGCAGGACGCUGCUUCUUUGUGGUGUGGAGUCUUAUUGCAGUGCCAACAAUGACGAUUCUCGUCGGUGAUCUGGGUGACACAGUUGUGGCAAAGUUCAAGUUGGGAUGGGAUGGUUUUGCAGAUUGGGCAAUUUUGCCCAGGGAAGGUAUAUACCGUGCCUUUCUGAAUCGCUACCCCUGGCUUCUCGACUGGCUUCAACACCGCAUCGAGACCCGCGCCGCGAAACGACGCCUACAGAAAGGCUUUGAAACCACUGACCCUGAAACCUUAUCAAAUCCAAAUGACAUAGAUAUUGAAGCAGACAUUCCCAAUCGCGCUACCGAUGCCGACCCAGACACGUCUACGACAGACGUGAUUCGUGUGCCCACCAUUGAAACACUGGCCUUGGAAGCCGAACAAGAUACUUCAGCCACACCAACGCACUCAUCACUAUCUCACCACCUCGCUCUCACUAUUCAAGCUGUUGCUCGCGAUCUCCACUUGCCCAAGAAAUGCUACUCCUAUGAGGAGUGGGUCGAGUUUACCCGCUUGAUCAGAUUGACUACUCGUCACUACGCUCAUAAUCACAAUUACAAUCACAGAGGCAUCGAGGAGAAUGGCGAGCACAUUGACGAGCGCCCGGAACAGCAGGGAGAAGAGGAUGAAGAUGAGGAAGAGGGCCUGGUGAAUUGGGAUUGGAUAGGCGAUGAUAGUCCGAUGAUGAGCGGUAUUGGGGAGAGUGAGUGGUUGCUGCAUAGGCUUUGUGAGAGCUUGGUUAGACUGGAGAGGAGAAAGGUGAGUAUGUGUGGAAGUGGGGUGCAGGAAGAGAUGCGCAGGAUGCAAGGUAUGGCUGAGGAGGACAUUAUUCGAGGAAAGAACGAGAAGAAAGAACGAGAAGAAAUAAGACAAAGAGCGGGUUGA